CACCCACUCCCCAUCUAGGAUGCUUUGCAGUACUCCUCAACAACAAAAUCUUGCAAAGCUCCAAACACUUUGGGUGUCUGUAAGAGGGAGAGAUAAAAUGGAGAAAUAUGGAGUGGUAUUCUAUGUUUUCAUAAUACUCCUCUCUGUGUUUUCAUAUAUUCUGUCCGCAACAAGAAACAAGAAGCACAAACUCCCUCCAGGCUCGAUGGGAUGGCCAUACAUAGGAGAAACUCUUCAGCUUUACUCUCAAGACCCAAACAUCUUCUUCUCCCACAAACACACAAGGUAUGGGGAGAUCUUUAAGAGUCGUAUGUUGGGGUACCCUUGCGUCAUGCUGGCAAGUCCCGAGGCUGCGCGUUUCGUGCUGGUCACACACGCUAACUUGUUCAAGCCGACCUAUCCUAAAAGCAAGGAGGAUUUGAUCGGCCCCGCCGCCCUGUUUUUCCACCAGGGAGACUACCAUUUGCGGCUGAGAAAGGUGGUUCAGCGGUGUUUCAGCCCUGAGGCAAUUCGGAACUUCGUCGCCGACAUUGAAGACAUCGCCGUGUCGGCAUUGGACUCCUGGGCUGACGGUCAAGUCGUUAACACUUUCCGCGAGAUGAAAAAGUUCUCGUUCGAGGUGGGUAUUAUGGCCAUAUUUGGGCACUUAGAGGAUCAUCACAAGGAAGAGCUGAAGAGGAAUUAUUGCAUAGUGGAGAAAGGGUACAAUUCAUUUCCGACAAGCUUUCCAGGGAGUUCUUACAGCAAUGCUCUGAAGGCAAGAAAGAUGCUGAGCAAAAUUCUAUGCAAAAUAAUUAGCGAGAGGAAAGAGAAGAAGACAGCAGAGAAUGGGCUUUUGAGCUGUUUUCUGAGUUCCCAAAACGAGAAUAAUAAUGGGAUCAGUCUGACAGAAAACCAAAUAGCUGACAACAUCAUCGGUGUUCUUUUCGCUGCUCAGGACACAACCGCUAGUGCCCUCAUAUGGAUCAUCAAGUACCUUCACGAUAACCCCAAACUUCUCGAGUCCGUUAAGGCUGAACAGAAGGCAAUCUGCAAACAGUUAAAAGUUGAAGAAACUCGUCACUUGACAUGGAGAAACACUAGAGAAAUGCCAAUUACUCACAAGGUUGUUUUGGAGACUUUGAGGAAAUCGAGCAUCAUAUCUUUUACAUUCAGAGAGGCAGUGGAGGAUGUGGAAUACAAAGGGUACCUAAUUCCAAAAGGUUGGAAGGUCAUGCCUUUAUUCAGGAAUAUUCAUCAGAAUCCUGAUUUCUUUUCUGAUCCACACAAGUUUGAUCCUUCAAGAUUCGAGAAAGCUCCAAAGCCAAACACAUUCAUGCCAUUUGGCAGUGGAGUACAUGCCUGCCCUGGCAACGAACUUGCUAAGCUCGAGAUGCUAAUAAUCACGCAUCACCUCGUUACUAAAUUCAGGUGGGAAGUGGUGGGGCCCGAAAGUGGGAUUCAGUAUGGCCCAUUCCCGGUCCCUAUACAUGGGCUACCGGCCCGAUUUUGGAGACAAUCAGACAAUAACAACAUCAUCAAUCAGCAGCAGUAAAAGGAGUUCUAAAUGCAUGUCUUUUCAUUAAUCUUUCCAAAUAUUUCUGCUCCAAAAAUAAUAUUCAGCACUCAUUUUUGUAUUCAAUACCAAUACAGUAGUUUCAUUAUCGCAACGCAAACAUUGAAUGCAAGAGUUUAAGUGUAAAAACGAGUGCAUGAAAUAUAAUAUAUUUUUAUUGGGUCCGAUGACUUUA